AUGCGCCGCCGCUCCUGGACUCGGUACGACUGCCUCCUUGUGCUGCCUGUUGCCGCCCGUUGCUGCCUGUGCCUGUGUUGCCCGUUGCUGCCUGUUGCUGCCCGUGCCUGUGCUGCCCGUUGCCGCCCGUUGCUGCCCGUGCCUGUGCUGCCCGUUGCCGCCUGUUGCUGCCCGUGCCUGUGCUGCCCGUUGCCGCCCGUUGCUGCCCGUGCCUGUGCUGCCCGUUGCUACCCGUGCCUGUGCUGCCUGUUGCUGCCCGUGCCUGUGCUGCCUGUUGCCGCCCGUUGCUGCCUGUGCCUGUGCUGCCCGUUGCUGCCUGUUGCUGCCCGUGCCUGUGCUGCCCGUUGCUGCCCGUGCCUGUGCUGCCCGUUGCCGCCUGUUGCUGCCCGUGCGUGUGCUGCCCGUUGCCGCCCGUUGCUGCCCGUGCCUAUGCUGCCCGUUGCCGCCCGUUGCUGCCCGUGCCUGUGCUGCCUGUUGCCGCCCAUUGCUGCCCGUGCCUGUGCUGCCUGUUGCUGCCCGUGCCUGUGCUGCCUGUUGCCGCCCGUUGCUGCCUGUGCCUGUGCUGCCCGUUGCUGCCUGUUGCUGCCCGUGCCUGUGCUGCCCAUUGCCGCCCAUUGCUGCCCGUGCGUGUGCUGCCCGUUGCCGCCUGUUGCUGCGCGUGCCUGUGCUGCCCGUUGCCGCCCGUUGCUGCCCGUGCCUGUGCUGCCCGUUGCCUCCAGUUGCUACCCGUGCCUGUGCUGCCCGUUGCCGCCCGUUGCUGCCCGUGCGUGUGCUGCUCGUCGCCGCCCGUUUCUGCCCGUGCCUGUGCUGCCCAUUGCCGCCUGUUGCUGCCCCUGCUGCUACUAA